AUGUCUGAUGUUGCACUUCCUUCCUUUCUGAACUUGACUUCAUCUCUGGAACGUUUGAGUCUCAGAGACUGUCAACUACAAGGGGAAUUUCCAAGUGAAGUAUUUUGCCUUCCAUACCUCCAGCACAUAGAUUUAGGUUCGAAUCAAAAUGUCACAGGUUAUCUCCCAAAGACAAACUUGAGUAGUGGCCUUAAGUUGUUGGACCUUACCUCUUGCCGUUUUAAAGGGCCAAUUCCUGCAUCAUUGUGCAAUCUCACUCAACUCAUCUUCCUAGAUUUUUCUUAUAAUGAUUUUGGAGGACAAAUUCCAGAUGCUUUUCGAAACCUUAAUAAAUUGACUUUUUUGUUAUUUUCUUCCUCUAGUUUUAGUGGUCAACUUCCAACAACUAUGUUCAACCUCACACAACUUACCAAACUAGAUUUAUCAUAUAAUCGAUUAGAAGGUCCCCUGCCAAAUCAUGUUAGUGAGCUUCUAUUGCUAGAAGAAGUGUGGUUAUCUAAUAACCUCUUAAGUGGUGGAGUACCAUCUUGGCCGUUUACUUUGCCAUCUUUGCAAGAUUUACGUCUCAGCUAUAACAAACUCAUCGGUCCAAUUGACCAAAUUCAGACCCCUAAUUCUGUCCAUUAUAUCGAUUUGAGUUUUAACGACAUUCAUGGUCCAAUACCCAGUUCUUUUUUUGAUCUUAUGAACCUUGAAGAGCUUGAUCUUUCAUCAAACAACUUGAUUGGUGUCAUCAAGUCAAACAUGCUUGCAAAACUCAAAAAUCUUAUGUACCUGGAUCUUUCAAAUAAUAUUUUACUAUCGUUAAGCUCAAGCGGCGAUGGUGAGAACUACUCCUUCCCUCAGCUUGUUAAAGUGUCAUUCUCUUCUUGUAACAUAAGACAGUUCCCAAGUUUCUUUCGAACAUCAAACUUGAAGGAUUUAGAUCUUUCCAAUAACAAGAUUCGUGGUGGAAUUUCCAAAUGGGAAGCAGAAGGGUGGGAACGAUUGAUCAAAUUGAACCUUUCUUACAACUUUCUGACCACUUUGGAGCAAUUUCCUGGAAAGAACCUUCAAGUUCUUGACCUUCAGUCCAACUUGCUUCGAGGCCCAAUUCUGUCAAUUUGGUUGAAUCUUCAAAAUCCAAAUCCACCACCGUCUUUUACGGAAUUCUUAAUUUCAAAAAAUAACUUGACUGGAAAUAUCUUUCCUUUGAUUUGUAAUUGGAGUUUGCUCACAAGACUUGAUUUGUCAAGAAAUAACUUGGAUGGAGCGAUUCCAGAAUGUCUUGGACAUUUCAGCUAUCUCCGGUAUAUGAAUUUGGAGAUGAAUAAGUUUUAUGGCAAAAUCCCUGAUCUUUUUACAGAUAAUAGGUUGAGUUAUCUGCUCCUCAAUGACAAUCAAUUGGAAGGAUUACUACCGCUAUCUUUGGCUAAUUGUAGCAUCUUGGUACUUUUGAAUUUAAGGAACAACAAGCUCAAUGAUACCUUUCCCUAUUGGUUAGCUUCACUUCCAAUGCUGCAAGUUCUUCUUCUACGAAAUAAUAGCUUGCAUAGUCCCAUGCCCAAUUCCAUAGCUUCAUCAAACUUCUCCACAUUGCGAGUACUUGAUCUCUCUCAUAAUGAGCUCACUGGUCCCUUGCCAACUCUGUUCGUUUCCUCUGUGACUGCAAAUUAA